AGUUGCUCUAAUAAAAUACUUCAUUCACAUAAAUGGAGUAGCAGGCAUCAGGCUCCGCCUUUUUUGUGUCAAUCAACUGGCAACCACACUUGAGGUCAGAAAGACACACACCAUCUCGUCGCAUACGGACCGAUUCUGGGAGGGAGCGAGAGGCCAAUAAUCCGCAUCGUCCGUCAUCUAUGUCUGCCAGUAUGCCGGCGGGCGCGGGUGCUGCUAGUGCUAGCAAGGGGAGGAAGAAGACGGCGUGCGUCACCGGAGGCAACGGCUACAUCGCUUCGGCACUGGUGAAGAUGCUGCUGGACAAGGGCUACGCCGUCAAGACCACUGUCAGAAAUCCAGAUGACAUGGACAAGAACUCCCACCUGAUUAUGGAGCUGCAGUCGCUCGGCCACCUGGAGGUCUUCCGCGCCGACCUGGACGAGGAAGGCAGCUUCGACGACGCCGUCGCCGGCUGCGACUACGCCUUCCUCGUCGCCGCUCCGGUGAACCUCACGUCAGAGAAUCCGGAGACGGAGCAGAUCGAGCCGACCGUGCGAGCAACUCUGAACGUGAUGAGGUCGUGCUUGAAGGCCGGCACGGUGAGGCGCGUGGUCCUCACCUCGGCGGCCUCCACCAUCUGCAUCCGUCCACUGGAGGGCGACGGCCACGUGCUGGACGAGCACUCCUGGUCCGACCUGGACUACGUCACCGCCGAGAGGCCGCCAGCCUGGGGAUAUGUCAUCUCCAAGGUGCUGUCGGAGAAGGAAGCGUUCAGGUUCGCGCAGGAGCACGGCAUCAGCCUGGCCAUCGUGUGCCCGGUCCUCACCGUGGGCGCGUCGCCGGCGCGCGAGGCGUACGCGAGCGUCCGGGCUAGCCUCUCCAUGCUAUCAGGCGACGAGGCAGCGCUGGCCAUGCUGAAAGGCAUCGAGAAGUCCUUCGGCGCGGUGCCUGUCGUCCACCUGCACGACCUCUGCCGCGCCGAGGUGUUCCUCGCCGAGACGGCGACGGCGGCGCCCGGGAGGUACAUCUGCAGCAGUGUCAGCACCACCGUCGUCGAGAUCGCCCGCUUCCUGGCAGACAAGUACACGCAGUACCACGUGGACAUAAAGCAGUCCAGUGACGAUGAGCUCCUGGAGAAGCCGAGAGUGAGCCUGUCGUCGGCGAAGCUGGUGAAGGAGGGGUUCCAGUUCAAGUACAGCACCCUGGAUGCGAUAUACGGAGACGUAAUCCAGUACGGCAAGACAUUGGGCAAUCUUCUCCACUAAUGAUAUGUCCCUGCUUUUUAAUUUAAUUCCUUUUGUUCUAUAUAAUUCAUCACGUGAUGGGAUCACCAAAUGAUUUGUGGUUCCCGUCGGCGUCUUGUCUUUCAUGAAUAUCAUUUUAAUCCCCUUAUUA